AUGAUGGAUUCGGACUUGUCCGGUGCGGACUUUUGCCGUUUCUGUAGAUCAGAGGCUUCUUCCGACCGGCCUCUGUUCCACCCGUGCAUUUGUACAGGAUCUAUAAAAUGGAUCCACCAAGAAUGUCUAGUACAAUGGAUGCGAUACUCACGGAAGGAGAUUUGCGAGCUUUGCGGCCACCGCUUUUCAUUCAUGCCGAUAUAUUCUCCAGAUAUGCCUCGAAGGCUUCCAAUUCGUGACGUUGUAGGUGGUUUGGUGACCUCAGUGGCCUCUGCUGUAAAGGAUUGGCUGCACUACACGCUCGUCGCUCUCGCCUGGCUUGGGAUCGUCCCUCUGACUGCAUGUAGGACUUACCGCUGUUUAUUCUCUGGAUCAUUGGACCCGGUUAUAUCUCUACCGUUUGAUAUUGUAUCUGCUGAAAAUUUAGCAAAAGAUGUUUUCUCUGGUUGCUUUGUGGUGACAUGCACUCUUUUCGCUUUCAUUGGCCUGGUAUGGUUGAGAGACCAGAUUAUGCACGGUGGUGGCCCUGAAUGGAUGGAAAGAGAAAAUUUACCAGCUCCACCUGCUGAAGAACCACUACAGGAUAAUAAUAAUGAGAAUGUCAAUGAGGUUGUUAGAGAAGAGGGUGUUGGUGUGAGGGAAGAGGUAAAUGAUGAGGUAGCUGAAGAUAUGCUGGUUGGGGAGGAGGCUAAUUGGAAUCCUAUGGAAUGGGACCGUGUAGCUGCAGAAGAAUUGACAUGGGCAAGAUUGUUGGGACUAGAUGGUUCUAUGGUAUUUUUAGAACAUGUGUUUUGGGUUGUGUCUCUGAAUACAUUUUUCAUUGUUGGAUUUGCUUUUUGCCCCUACCAGAUAGGGCAAGUAGGAGCUUCCAUAGCUGGUUUUACGGCUGAGGGGCCAUUUGCUGGCCCAUUGAAAGCAUUAUCAGGAUAUGUGAUAGUUGCUGCAAUUCUAGCCAUUCUACAUGCAAUGGCCUCUUUAUUGAGGCUAAGAAGUGCUAAAAAGGCCCUUGGAUUCUGCUAUGUAGUUGUGAAAGUUGCACUUUUGUCUGUUGUUGAAAUUGGUGUUAUUCCAUUAGUCUGUGGAUGGUGGUUAGAUCUCUGUUCAUUAUCUAUGUUUGAUGCUACACUCAGAGACAGAGAGGCAAGCUUACAUGCCGCACCAUGGACACUCUUGUUUAUUCACUGGCUUGUUGGAAUGGUCUAUGUUUACUAUUUUGCAUCAUUCAUUUUACUAUUGAGAGAAGUCCUAAGACCAGGGGUUCUUUGGUUUUUAAAAAAUCUUAAUGAUCCCGAUUUCAGUCCUGUUCAGGAAAUGAUCCAUCUACCGGUAUGGUCCCAUAUUCGACGGCUGAUUGUAUCAGCGAUGGUGUUUGGCACAGCUGUUCUCUUCAUGCUGUGGUUGCCCAUUCGAGUGAUUAAAUAUACUCUACCCGGCUUCUUGCCAUAUGCGGUUGCCGUGCACACAGAAGCUCCAGUUAAUGAACUAAGUUUGGAGCUACUUCUGUUGCAGGUGAUCCUCCCAGCCUUAUUAGAGCAGUCCCAUACGCGUACAUGGCUCAAAGCUGGUCUUCGUGCGUGGUGCGCAUGCGCAGCUGGUAUUCUAGGUCUUCGCUCGUAUCUACUGGGACAGGCGAGCAGGCAGGCAGAUCAAAACCCGCCUCCACAUCCGCCACAUCAGCUGGGAGCUGCUCAUCAGGCACUAAUGUGGCGAGAAGGACCAGCCGGCUUCGAGCCGUACGUUCGAGUUUCAUGGUUUCCCCUGCGUUUGGCGGCUUUGCUUGCUCUCAUCUCCAUCUCACUUGUUAUGGCCAGUGCCCUCACUUUGGUUAUACCAGUGGCUAUCGGAAGAAAGGUGAUGACAAUAUGGCUGCCCAAGGCAUCUGAAGGUGUACAUGAACUGUAUACAGCAGCUUGUGGUAUGUAUGUGUGUUGGGCCGCGGGUCGAGGGGGGGCGUUGGCAGCAGGAUGGGCAAGGGGAGGGCGAGCAGCGCUCGUGAAUAGGACAGCAGUGUGGGCGAGUCGAGCAGCUCGCGCCGCUUUGGCUGCACUCGCCCUGCUCGGCCUUGUGCCGCUUAUGUUUGGGCUGCUGCUCGAACUGGUGUUGGUAAUCCCCCUUCGGGUACCCCUAGAACAGUCGCCUGUGCUCUUCGUAUGGCAGGAUUGGGCCCUAGGAGUGCUAUAUACCAAGAUCGUGUGUGCCCUCACAAUGAUGGGGCCAGACUGGAGUAUGCGAAGGGCCAUCGAAAAGGCGUAUAGGGACGGAAUACGGGAAAUGGAUCUUAAGUUCAUCCUUCGCUCAGUGGCGGCUCCAUUAGUGCGAUGGCUGGGUCUCGCUCUGGCGAUUCCGUACGCGUUCGCUCACAGCGUCGCCCCGCUCGUUGUGACGUCAACCGUGCAACGGAACUUGCUCGCUCGCCGAGUAUACCCGGCUCUUCUCAUCAUCUCUGUAUUGGCUGGACUUGCAAUCUUCCAUAUCCGACAAUUCCGCAAGUUAUACGAGCAUAUAAAGAAUGACAAGUACCUCGUGGGACAACGCCUGGUCAACUACGACCACAGACGACACAAACAUGUCGCUUCAAACUGA